UGCUGGCAGCUUCUUUCAGUAUCUUGCUUGGCUUCUCCUGGGCUGCUGCACACCUUUUCUCUUUGUCUCUGGGUAGGGGCUUGAGCCCUAGAAGCUUUUACCAUGUAGGCACAAAUCUAGGCACCCUCUUCUACCCUGGUGGGAGGUGAUACCUAUUGCUGGGAACUCCUGUGACUGCCAGUUGUGGGCAGGUUUUAGGGGCAGGAUGUUUCAGUUGCAAGGAAAGUGGAUGCUCAUUGGAACAGGGAUCUAGUGCUGCUAUAAAACCUCUGGUCUGCAAACUCAACCCUUGACACUGUGUGAUGUUGCAAAGGGCCUGGCUGCAGUCAGCAGUGCCUCUCCUUCACACAGCUGGUGCAUUAGGACAGUCUCUGUUGUUUGAACUUCAAACACCAGGAUCUGCAGCUGAGCACAGUUCAGUUGUAUUUUAGUGGUUUGAUAACCCAUGGGAGCCAAAUCCAGGAAGGGCUUUGUUUUGCACUGUAUGAGGGCUACAUUUCCCUUUCCUGUUCCUAGGAAGGAAGUGUCAGUGGUGACUUGAAAUAUAAGAGGAGGAGCUUUCAGUCUCUCCUUGUGGAUCCCAGACCCACCGCCAAGAGGCCCCUCUCCAGUUUGCUUUGUGCACUGUCCUGCUUUCUGCAGAGCUGUUGAUCUACCUGGGCUGCACAGCAAAGGUUGAAUGCCCUUCCUCAGAGCUGUGUGUGGACCUUGGCCUUCCAGCCUGUCCUCACGCACAGGGCACUGCUGUCAUAGUUGCACACUGUGAAGAGCUAAAAAUCCUAUGUUAGACAUCAUGUGAGAGGUCACAGAAUCACAAAAUACUCUUAGUUGGGGUGGACCCACAUGGAUCAUUGAGUCCAACUCUUGAAGUGAAUAGCCCACACAGGGAUUGAACCCCUGGCAUUAUUACUACCAUGCUUAACCAGCUGAGCUGAUCUCAGUGUAGAAUCUCCCUAAUUCUUCCCCCUCCAGAAUUUAAAGUUGUUAUUAUUAAAUACUAGCUGAAAAACUAGAAAUCAAAGGGGAAUUUUUUCCAAAUAAUGUGUUGUUAUACCAUUGUUUUGAGACUCCAAGCUGGAGUGGGCACCUCUGAUCUAGUCACUGCAUUAGUGCCAUUUCCCAUGUUGAUGGAAAGAGAGGAGAGCAUGCCCAGGGUCCUGAGGAAAAAUUGCUGUCUUGCAGGGACUCCUAAUUCUUGCUAAUAGUGGAAACUUCAAGAAACUGAAGCAGCUUCUGCAGUUCUGCUGCCUGUUGCUACUGGCUGCUUGUCCUUGCUCCUUCAUUGCAGAGGAGGGUGGUUUGUGUGGCUGCUGCAAGAAAACAUGCUGGGUAUCUAAGGGGGAGCAGCAAGCUUGGGUCAAACAGCUCUGCAUGUUGGGCAGUAGGCAUCAUUAUCAAGCUGAUGCACUUCCAGGCUGCUGUUGGUUUACUCCCAAUAUCAUUAAAUGUUCAUUUCUGAUAGUAUUUUCCGUGGCAUGGAGUUACAAGGAGAGGUUAAAAACCCAUGUUUGUCAUCAGGGCAUGCAGCACUUGCUAGACAGUGCAGCACAUUGAAGCCAGAAGCUCCUGCAUGCCGGUCUUUUUCUUUGGGGACAUGAGGGGAGGUGGAGGACAGAGGCCCCUCACCACAUGAUUAUUCUGCUGAGGUUUAUUUUUAACUAGGGAACAUGUUCACAUUGUGCAGUGAAAUGUAGGAGACAACUGGGUCAGUCUGCCCUGCAGCAAGAGACUCUCAUGGCCUUUGCAGACCAAAUGUGUGGGAUUACUGUGGAGUAUGUCUCAUUACACCUUGCUUCUGCUCCAACAUUCAGUCUUACUAAACAAGUGUGGUUUUGGUGCCACUGCAAAAGUUCUCUUCAUCUUGCAGUUCUUUGAUGAGAGUUUUUUCCCUGCACCAGGUACUUAGAGAACAAAGUAGAGCAACAGAGAUCUCCCAUUAUGCAGUGCAAACCAAACUGAGUGUUCAUUCCACUUCAAAGGAAUGAAGAGUGGGUUCUGAGUGGCAUACAAGCACUUGCACCACCUAGUAGGGCAUUUGAAUUGAUGCUUUCAUGUGUUUCAUGUAUUUUCAUUACAUGUUAUUUAAUAGCUUGUAAAAAGCAAUAUCCUCCUGUGAGACUAUAGCACAAUUUAGGUUACAAUUUUGUGGGAAAUAUUACAGUGUGAGGAGAAGGAAAAAUGAUGCUGCAAGGUCAGUCAGGGUGAGAGCUGCCCCAGAAUUAAAUCCAUUGCUCUUCCAGAGCUGCAAAAGUGUUAAAAGAUGAAUGCCUUUGUGCUAGUAUCUGCACUGAGACUAUCCAGGAGUCCAUCCUUGCUCCUCAUUCUGAACUCAAGCAUUAAGUUACAGCCUUUCCACUGGAGCUUAGCACAGUAGGCUGAAGCCUUCAUCCAUGUGCUCUGGACAGGUGAGGUGCUGAGAAGUAAAUAUACUGAAAUUCUUCCUAGUUAUCCCAAGUGCAACUCCUGCUCAGUAGUGGGAUAGAUGGGACUUGAGGGUUUGUCACCCAUGUGGCUGCUGCUGGUGAGGUGAGAAGGCCUGGUGUGCUGCUUCCUGCUCUUGUGGGCUGGGGUGGGUGGAAGCACUUCCUUCUUGGCAGCAAAGGAACCAGAGGCACUCCAUGCAGAGCCAAGGGAUUGGCUCUUGUGAGAGGGUAGCUUUGAUGGAAGUGUUUGCAAAUAUCCAGUAGCUGGUGAAGGUUUGUCUUGUGCUCUGGCCUGUCCUGGUGGGUCUGAUGGCAUCUCAGUCCAGUACUGAAGGUUAGGGAGAGAGUCAGUAGUUUUUCAUAGUACAGAGGUUGUUCCAGGAGAGGAGUAAAGGACAAUGAUGCAGAGACCUUCAGCACAAGUUUUGAACAAUGUUGUUGAAAGUGGAACAAGGGGAUAAAUACAAGGAACAGGUUGAAACCAAUGGCAAGAGUUGUUCUUCCUGGGUGCCAUGAAGGCCCUUGGGUGGGUCCUGCUGGGCCAUGAAAAUGGUCUCCUGUGGGGAAUCUGCAGAUCCUUCCCAGGGACCAGCGCAUCAGCCAGGACGUGGAGAGGUUCUGCAGGCAGCUCAGCUCCAUGGCCAGCAAGCUCGUCAUCUCACCCUUCACACUGGCCUACUACACAUACCAGUGCUUUCACAGGUUGGCUGGGCCCGGUGAGCAUCUUUGGGUAUUUCGUCAUUGGGACGAUGAUUAACAAAGUGUUGAUGAGCCCAAUUGUGUCUAAACUUGUGCAGCAGGAAAAACUGGAGGGAGAUUUCAGGUUCAAGCACAUGCAGAUUCGUGUCAAUGCAGAACCAGCUGCUUUCUACAGGGCUGGGCGAGUGGAGCACAUGCGCACAAACCGGAGGCUGCAGAGCCUGCUGAAGACCCAGAGAGAGCUGAUAGGCAAAGAGCUGUGGCUGUACAUUGGGAUCAACACCUUUGAUUAUCUGGGCAGCAUCCUGAGCUACGUGGUCAUUGCCAUUCCCAUCUUUUCUGGGGUCUACGGCGACCUGAAUCCAACAGAGCUCAGUGCCCUUGUCAGCAAGAAUGCCUUUGUUUCCAUCUACCUCAUUGGCUGCUUCAGCCAGCUCAUAGAUCUCUCCAGCACUGUGACUGAUGUAGCUGGCUACACACACAGGAUUGGUGAACUGCAGGAGACCUUGCUGAGCCUUGGCAACAAAAAAAAUGAUAACUACUCAGAAGCCAAAACCAGUUGGGAUUUGGACAGCAGCCAUUCUGGGGAGGACCCAGUGCCAAGGGACACAGCUUUCCUUCUGGAGCGAGUGACACUCUCAGUACCAUCCUCUGGCAAGCUGCUCAUCAAGGACUUGAGCCUCAAUAUCUCACAAGGAAACAGUGUGAUGAUUGUGGGAAACACUGGUACAGGGAAGACAUCUCUCCUGAGGGUCCUCGGAGGACUCUGGGAGAGCACACGGGGGAGCAUCAGGAUGCUGACCUGCUUUGGCCCCCGAGGAGUGGUGUUCCUACCACAGAGGCCCUUCUUCACUGAUGGAAGCCUGCGUGAGCAGGUGAUCUAUCCCCUGAAGGAGAUCUAUCCACUUUCAGGGUCUGCAGAUGAUGAGAGGAUUGUGCGAUUCCUGGAGCUGGCUGGGCUGACUGAUUUGCUGGCAAGGGCUGGAGGACUGGAUGAACAGGUGGACUGGAACUGGUAUGACAUCCUGUCCCCAGGGGAGAUGCAGAGGCUCUCAUUUGCACGGCUCUUCUACCUCCAGCCAAAAUAUGCAGUGUUAGAUGAAGCCACCAGCGCCUUGACAGAAGAGGUGGAGCAUGAACUGUACCGUAUGUGCCUUCAGCUGGGCAUGACACUGAUCAGUGUGGGACACAGACCCAGCCUGGAAAAGUUCCACAGCUGGAUUUUGAAACUUCAUGGGGAGGGAAGAUGGGAGCUCACUAGAUGUGAGAAGAUGAAGCGGCUCCCCUCUGAGGAAGAAUACUGAAGAACAUGCCCUUCUCUGGCCAGCCACAGAACCUGCACAUGUGUGGAAGAGCUCUCAAUAGCAGACAUGGAGCUGCCAAGCCAGCAGGUGUGUCAAGCAGUGCAAGACCAGUUCUGGAUUUUGCUGAUGGACACAGAGUGUGUCUGAACUCAUGGUGUGGAAUUCUGCCAAGAGUAGACACAGCUAUGCCACCCUUCUCCCAUCCUCCUUCUGCCUCCCUGGCUCUCACAAGAGAAAGGAGCUGAGCUCCUAGGCCGCCCUGAGAGAAGAUGCUGCCUCAUGGGUCUUGUAGAAACAACAGCCAGAGAAACCUCCACUUUGUCUGGAAUACAUUGGUGUGAGGCUACAAUGCAGCCUCCUUUUCUGCCCUCUGUGCCUUGCGAGGAGCUCUGUCUUUGAUACACAACUCUGCAGAAUAGAUUUAUGUGCCUUUUGGCUCUGUUCAGAAUUGUGUUUUCCAGCAGGAGACAAGGGGAGGAGAAUGCUAGCACAGGGCAUGUCUCUGCUCUCUUUACAACACACAGCUACAGGUGAAAAGAACAUUUUUGUAUUAAAAUGUGGGGCCUGUUUUCAAACUGG